AUGAACUCGGAGCACUUCUCGCCGUACAGGGCUGAUGGAAAACUUUAUGGGUUUGUUUGUGUAGUCACAGGCGCAACGCAACCAGUUGGAAAGGCAAUCGUCACUGAGCUUGCAGCACACGGUGCCGCCUGCAUCUACGCCUGCUCUUCAACUCCCGACGAACCAUACGCUCAAUUGGCAGCAGAAGUGAAUAAGGCAUACCCGAAUACAAAGGUCAUUGGAUACCCAUAUAAGAUCACCAGCGAAGAGAAUACACUGGGCUUGAUCGACGAUGUGCUGAACUCCUGGGGACGGCUCGACGUAUGGGUUACAUCCUCUGGUCUUCUGGGCCCUCCUUCUAUCGCCGAGACCUCCCCAUCAGACCUCCGAAAAUGCUUUGAAGCAAACUCCAUGGCCCCCUUCUUCGCCCUCAAAUAUGCGCCUCCGGCAAUGGCCAAGACAACUCCGAAGGGCAGCUAUCCCAACGCUGCACCUAAGGACCAAGCGUACGGCAGCAUCAUAGUAGUUGGCUCUGUUGCAAGCACAUACGGCGGUUGUUGGGGGCCAUGCUUCACCAUGUCCUCUCACGCCGCUUUGGGGGUUGUACGGGCUGGUGUUUCGGUGCUGAAGGGAAGCGGCAUACGGAUAAAUUGUAUCUCGCCUGGUCAGAUUGAUAUUGGCGUUGAUCUUAAGGGAUUCGAUAUGCGUGGCAUGAGCUCUCAGCUGCCACCGUCGAGCUUACAGGGUCCCGAAGCGCAGAAGGCUAUUGUAGGACUUGAACGCGCGGGUCUUCCACAAGAGGUGGGAAGGGUGGCUGGGUUCUUGGCUAGUGGCUUCAGUAGUUAUAUCACCGGGGCAAAUCUGGUGGUUGAUGGAGGAGCAAGUGUCAUGAAUCCGUUGACUGUCCCGAUCUAG